GGAAGCACGUGUAGAGAAGGAGGAGGGGAGACAUGGUGUCACUGGGUAAGGAGCAUUGCACUGGCUGCUAGGGAUACUGGCAUGAAUGGCCAUUGCAGAUAUGACAUAUUCCGUGUUAGGGUCCAGUCUGUGUACAAUACAGCUCACAUUCUACCAGACACCGUGUUUCUGAUGUCAUUCCCUGACUGUACAGGAAACUUAAAGGAUGUCUACUGUUAUGUCCUGAUUUAAGAUUAAUUUUUUGUUUGUUUUUUUGCUUAAUAUUUUACUAUUUCUAGUUCAGCUCUCCCCCCCACCCCCCCUCCUGCUAGACUAGUAGUGUGCAUCUUGCAAUUUGCUGAUCAAGUUACCAACUUUCAUUGUUUAACCCCUUAAGGACACACUACAUGUGUGACAUGUGAUGUUUCCCUUUUAUUCCAGAAGUUUGGUCCUUAAGGGGUUAAAGGAUAACCCAGUUCCUGUUCAGGAUGUGGUAUUAGGUUGUGAUGUCUGUACCAUUGUAGCGAUUGCAGUGUAUGUUGAUGAUUGUGUGUGUGUGUGUGUAUAUAUAUAUACACACACUGUAUUCCAAAAUGCCACACAUUGUCAAUCAUGAGUGACUAUGGGGAUUUCUUUGUAAGUAACAGUUAAUUGUUCCCUCAGCCUAGUAAAUGCUACGGAAGCAUUUAUUAGACUUAAUAGUGCUGCUAAAUAGGUAAACAUGCAUCUAUUUGAUUCAUUGGUGAACUCGGGCACCUAUGAGUGCAUCUGUGCAUUCCUUGAGUAGUAGUGUAUGCUGCCAUGGACUACAUGAGAAUUAAAGGGACAGUAUAAUCACCCAGACCACUUCAGCUCAAUGAAGUGGUCAGGGUGUCAGGUCCCUCAGGUUUUAACCCUUCAGAUGUAAACUGUUUAUGUAGCAGGGUUAAUCCAACCUCUAGUGGCUUACUUCCUGACAGCCGCCAGAGGCGCAUCUGCGACGCUGGACGUGAAAAUCGCAUGCAGAAUGUUUCCUAUGGACUGUUUGAAUGCGUGCGCGGCACUUGCCGCGCAUGCGCAUUCCACUUCACUCGGGAGCUGAUGUCGGGGGAGGAGAGGUCAUCAGCGCCGAGGGAGCACGGUGCUGGAUUAAGGUAAGCUGUUUUAACCCCUUCAGCACCAAGGGAGAGGGACCCUGAGGGUGGGGGCACCCUUAGGGCACUAUAGUGUCAGGAAAACCUCUUUGUUUUCCUGACACUAUAGUGAUCCUUUAAAUUUACAUGCCCUGCCCAGAAGUUUUUUGUUUUUUUUAAGUAAAUAAAUAAAAACUAGUUAAUUUUGUAUGCAUGUGUAUAUCACUUUUACAAAUUUCACACUUCUAGCUGAAUAAAACAUCAGCUGUAUUGUAACAGUAAAGAUAUCAGAGUUCCACAAAUAGCUGAAAACCACUAUGCCUAUACUUUAUCGUUAUUUACUUUAAAAAAAUAAAUAAUAAUACAUAAAUAUCACCACCCAUAGGUAACUUGGGCAUCAAUUUAAAAAGCUUUGAAAAACUAACACAAUUGAAUCAGUAGCUCCCUAUUCAUAUAAAGGUACAUAACUUGUUUUGUUAUUGAAUGUGGAGCUAUAGAUUGAUGGGGAGCAGAUUUGAAGCCAGCUUAGGGGUUAAACGAUUCAUGGUAAGGAAGGACCAUGGGUCGCUUAACUUUAAGUUGUUAUGGUGCCGGCUAUAUUCCUAGAAUUCUGUUGGCAAGGGCGUGGACAGUGACCUUUCCACCCCUCAUUAUUAUUUCAUCCCCACCCAAUGUCCAUGGGUAGGGGCACAGGGCAAUUUGUACCUGAUCACCCCCUGUAUUUUAUUUAUUACUCGUUUAUAAUUACAGUAAGCUGCUGGCUGCUCACUGUUUAUUAGACAGAUUAAAGGACCAGUAUAACCACCAGACAUCGGCACUGCUCUAUUGAGGUCCUAUCAAAUGCUUCUCAUCAAAAUAACAUUGGAUGGAAUGGGCACUGAAGCUCCCCUUGCAGACACACAGAAUGACAGAAUUUACACUAGGCAGUUCAGAAAAGAGUUUUAUGUGUCACAUAUUCUUCGUCUCCAUGUGUCAAAAACUGAGAUAAUUACCUUCCGAAGAUAGAGGGGAGUGCCGCUCGGCGGUCUUCUGCUAUCAUGCCUGGCUUUUGCGGCAUGUCGUUGGCCGCUGCGGACCCACGCAAUUAUAUAGCCCAACGCAAUUAUAUAGCCCCACGUCCAUCUGUGGUAAAGACGGCGUCGACGUGCGGGUGACGUCACGCAAAAGACGAAUACGCACGUUUUGGGGUCGAGGGCUAGGUACAGUCAAUCAAAUCUGCAAAAGGGGUUAUUUAAACUCUCAUAUUCCCUUAGCUCAUUGCCCUGUAUUGGUUUCCCUUAGAUGGUUAUCCGAGAGUGUGUUCCUGAUCAUGUUUUUCUGGUCUUUGACUUUGGCUUCGUUUUGACUUCCCUGAUUUCUGGUACCCUUGACUUCUGGCUUUUCCUUAUCACUGUGUAUCGUUUUGUGUCCCUGACCUCAGCUAGUUUUCUGACUGUUCUCGGGUACGUUAUGUCCUGCUAUUCUAAGGCGCGAUAAGACGUUGCCCUUAGUUCUAGGGUGUGAUACUAUUCUGCGUGCUGGAUCAAUAUAAUCCUGACACCAUGUUGCCUAAGUGGUGCGCUAGGUUUGCAACUAGCCCCUGGCACAAAAGUGCAGAUAUCUUUGUACUUGUGAAAUGCUACACAUACAGAUUCCUAACACACGAGCACUACUAAAAACAGAAAUUAUCAUAGUAAGUGGAGUACCUCUUUAAACCUACCUUUCCUUGUCAAAUACUUUGACAUUUUAUUUAACAUUGCUAGUUUAAGUUCAAUUAUUGUUGUAUAGCUUUUUGGAUUUUUCUGACCAUUGACGUCAUGUGUUUUCUGUAGAUGCUGUUUUUAGAAAAUAUUUUACUUGACAACUGAAUGACAAAAUGGAUUGUAUGCUGCUUGUUGCUCCUAUCACAGCCUUGGAAUUCAUUGGCGAAUACCUUCUGGCUGGUAAGUAUUCUUUAUAUAGUGUUUAGAAUAGAUUAAUGCCAAAUUGUAAUUUAUAGUGUGAUGUCUCCAUCCAUAUUUACCCAUAUGAUGUAAAAUGCUAAAUUUGUACUACAGAGAUUUUUUGAUACCUUGAAGGAUGUUGGUUUAUCAUUCUAUACCAGGGCUUGACAAUACCCUGGUGCCAGGUCGCCGUGGUGUGCAGAACUGACCCAGGAUGCACCACUAGAAACCAUCUGAGUGACUGUCACUAGAAAUGUUACUAGGCAACAAUGUAAAUACUGCCUUUUCUCUAGAAAGGCAGGGUUUACAUUGAAAAGUGUGCGGGGACAGGCUAUAGACACCAGAACAACUACAUUAAGCUGUAGUGUUCUGGUGACUAUAGUGUCCCUUUAAAAAAAUUAUUUUUAACAUUGAAAAACCUGACUCUUAGAUUCCAAGCAAAUUUGUCAAGCCCUGUUCUAUACAAUGACUGAAAUAGCAGGCCUUUUUAUUCUAAUGCUAUAAUGCUUGGAAACCUUUUCACAAAGCACAUUGCUUUUUACUAUUCUGUUUGACCACACAGACACACACACGUUUUCCUACCAAGGAUAUUGGUAGAGGAUCCCCAAAGCAGAUGCCCUGAUUUUCCCCUUGGAGCAUAUUAUUAUUACGUAUUGGAGGGUGGUACAUUUCAUAUACUAUCCAUAAGUUAUAUACGUUCAAGACAGUAGUUCUGGCAACAGCUUUUGGACAUUUAAUUCCUUCUGUUCUUCAGUCGACUUCCAGCAAGUGGUAUUCUGCAUUGCCAUUUAAGCGUUACAUCACUUCGGUUUGUGCAGCCUUAGCCACACUUCCUCUAGCUGAGACUGACACAGCCUGCUGGAAAAAUGGUUUAAUUUUCAGAUGUUAACUUGCCUAAGAAGUUUUGUAUCUUCUGUGCUGUAAAUUGCACUUUAAUCCUUCACAGGAUGGUCUUGAAGGCUGUUAACGGAGCAGAAGAUAAGCAGAAUGUGCAAUAAAGGAGGUUUACACAUUAGAUCUUGAUUUACAGGCAAUGGAGGUGUGACUAUGGCUGCAUAAACAAAGUGAUUUAACUCCAAAAAAGCAGGGAAUUGAGCAGUAAGACUACAGGGACACGAUCUAUACACCAAAACCGAUCCAUUAAGCUUAAGUAGUUUUUGCGCCUGUAGUGUCCCUUUAAUUACUGCAGUUUAAAAACAGGAUUCUUCCUGUAAAUGAGAAUUGCUGAGAUUUCAAACAGGGUUUCUUACUAAAGUGAGAAUUCACUGUGAAUUUCAAUUGUAAGGCCAGAGUAUCCAAACUGAAAGCAUAGCAGACUUAGAGAAUUUUUCCAAUUCAGCUAAUUUGGCCUUAAAUUUAAAAUUCACAUUGAGUUCUAACUUUAGUGAAUAACCUUGAAAGUGAAUUUCAGAUUUAAGUCCAAAAUAGCUAGAAUGGAAUAUUUCAGCUAUCCUUUCAGUUCGGUUACUUUUGGCGUUAAAUUUGAAUUCCUGACUAAACUGGUUCAUGGAUUGCAGGAUAAAACUUACAAGGAAAGGUUAAAGGAUCUUAACAUGUAUAGCUUGGAGGAAAGACGAGACAGGGGGGGUUAUGAUAGAAACAUUUAAAUACAUAAAGGGAAUCAACACGAUAAAGGAGGAGACUAUAUUUAACCCCUUCCCGACCCCGGACGUAUCAGGUCCUUAAGGUAUCAGGUUAGUCCACGGGGAAUUAGAGUGCUGGAAGCGAUCAUGAUCGCUUACAGCAGCUCUAAUGGUAUUGUCUCAAUGUUGAGGCUUCGCUGCAAUAUCCCCCUCACUGCCGGUGGCCCCCGAUAAACUGGGUGAUCGCUCACCUGGGAGCGAUCACUUCCCGGUUGCUCCACGUGGAGCCCGGCAGUGAGGCAGAGCAUCAGAAGCCAUCAGGCAGGCUAUCCGAAGCUCUGCUUGUACUGAGUGCCUUGAGGUUUCGAGGCACUCGGUAAUUAAAAAAUAUAUAUAUAUAUAUAUAUAUAUUUUUUUUUUAAAUAAAUAAAAAGAAAAAUGAACCCUCUACCCUUCAUCCCUCUCCCUCCCCAUGUACUUACUGAUCGCCUCUGUUCCCCCACUGGCGAUCAGUCUUCUUCCCCCUCUCCAAUUUAGGACCCCCAGGGGCCAUGUGACUGCUCUAAAAGAGUGGUCACAUGGCCACCAUAGGUGUCCACAGUGCUGCCAGCAGGGGGACUGCCUGAACUGACAGGUGGAAAAAGUUUUAAAAAGUUUUUAAAAAGUUUAAAAAAAUAAAUAAAAAUAUAGUUAAUAAUUUUAUUUAAAUGAAUUUUGAUAUAUAUGUAUAUCCCCUUAUAUAUAUAAAAGUCUGACAAAAAAAACUGUCGUUAAGGACCGCGGACGUAUCUAAUACGACUGCGGCAAAUAGGACCCCUGGACUUACCAGGCGAUCAUGGUUGGUGGGGGUGGGGGGGUGGACUGCCGGAGACCCUAGCAAUCCCUGUGCAGCAGCUCUGGCCACCCCAGCCUUCCAGGACCAUGUGAUCACCAUGAUCACAUCACCGCAAUAGGAGUCUAGGAGCUGCCAGCAGGGGAACUAUCUGAACUGUCAGACAGUCCCCGCAGGCUGCGAAAAAAGUAAAAAAAUAUAAAAUAAUAAUAAUAAUAAUAAAAAAAUGAAAAUAUAUAAAAUAAUUAAAGCAUUUUAUAAUAUAUCAUACAUAUAAAAUGCAUAUAUAUGAUUCCAUUAUAAGUGUACUUUGAGAUAGGGUUCAAAAGGUUCCACAGAAAAACUUCAUAGGGAACUCCUGCCCUAGGGUGUCUACUUUUCAAAAAGAUAUGGUUUGAUGUGGGUAAAUUAAAUUGGCCUGCUUCAAAAAUGUCCCAAAUAGGACAUGGCUGCAUGAUGACCAGCUGUGAAAAUUCCAAGUUGGAAAACUGGAAUGCGCACCCUCCAAAUAAGGUCUUUUAGCCCCCAGAGAACCGGACACACCUAUUCAUGGCUGGUAUCACUGUAAUCAGGAGAUGUUGCUGAACACAUAUUGGGGGUCUUCUUUGGCAGUAACCCUUAAAGUUCUCCGUACAUGUAUUCUUAAAUUGCUAUGUGUGUCAAAAAAAUCACCAGUUUUUUUUUAAUUUGAUUUUUUUUUAUUUGGCAUAGAUUGGUGGUAAAAUGGUUGCAUUAAGAGUCAAAAUACUCCAAGUUUAAUACCUUAGGCUGUCUUCUUUAAAAAAAAAUAUAUAUACAUGUGAAGGGGAUUCCUGACAGGUAUCAGUGUUACAACGUGCGUUAAAGGACCACUACAGUGCCAGGAAAACAUACUCCUCAGGGACCCCCUCCCUCUGGGCUGGAUGGCAAGGAAAGGGUUAAACUUACCUUUUUUCCAGCGCCAGGCGGGGAGCUCUCCGCCUCCGAUCCUCCUCCGAUCCUCCCUUUCGGCUGAAUGCGCAUGCGCGGCAAUAGCUGCGCGCGCAUUCAGCCGGUCUUAUAGGAAAGCAUUUAUAAUGCUUUCCUAUGGACGCUUGCGUGUUCUCACUGUGAUUUUCACAGUGAGAGUCACGCAAGCGCCUCUAGCAGCUGUCAAUGAGACAGCCACUAGAGGAUUUGAGGGCUGGAUUAACCCAUUUAUAAACAUAGCAGUUUCUCUGAAACUAUGUUUAUAAAAAAAUGGGUUAACUCUAGCUGGACCUGGCACCCAGACCACUUCAUUAAGCUGAAGUGGUCUGGGUGCCUAGAGUGUCCCUUUAAAUGUAUUCGUAUGGGCAAGCUUGGAUGCAUGCAUGGCAUUAAUCGCACAUUUGUAUUUGGUCCCCAAUUGGUUUGGAAAUAGCAAAGUGCUACUUGUACUUAUACCCCUAAAACUUUCCAAAAAAAGCUAAGAACAUUGGGCAUUUCUAAACUUAGAACAAAAUUUAGAAACUAUUUUGCAUGGGUGUUUUUUGGGGGUUGUGGAUGCGUAACAGAUUUUGGGGGUCAAAGUUAGAAAAGGUGGGGUUUUUUUUUACAUUUUUUCAUCAUAUUUCAUAAAAAAUUUAUAGUAAAUUAUAUGAUAUGAAAACAAUGGUAUCUUUAGAAAGACCAUUUGAUGGUGAGAAAAACGGUGUAUAAUAUGUGUGGGUACAGUAAAUGAGUAAGAGAAAAAUAAAAGCUAAACACAAACACCGCAGAAAUGUAAAAAGAGCCCUGGUUCUUAACAGUAAGCACAUUCAAAAACGGUGUUACUAAGGGAUUACAAGAAGGAAAACUACCACAACAAGAGGACAUGGUCUUAAAUUGGAGGGGCAAAGGUUUAAAAAUAUCUGGAAGUAUUACUGUACUGAGAGGGUAGUGGAUGCAUGGAAUAGCCUUCCAGCUAACGUGGUAGAGGUUAACAAAGUGAGGGAGUUUAAGCAUGCGUGGGAUAGGCAUAAGGCUAUCCUAGAUAUAAGAGACCAAUACAAAUAUUUCGCAAUAUUGGGCAGACUAGAUGGGCCGAAUGGUUCUUAUCUGCCGUCACAUUCUAUGUUUCUAGCGAACAACCCUGUAAGUGAUUCUGAUCAGCGACUUCAGGUUGUUAUGGUUUCAAAUAUCCUCAUAUCAUCUGGCAGUUUUGCACUUAGUGCUUGUUUCUUAAAUUAUUUCAAUAUUUAUCAGACUCCUGUAGUGUUUUGUUGAGUUAAAGCCCCUGUAUUGUUGUAUCUUUGCUAUUUGAUCCCUCAAAGCUAAGGAGUUUCAAAUUCUCACUUGGUUCUCUGUGUUCUAAUACUCCUAUAAUUAGCAUUCUAGCAUUCUUCUAAUUACCAUGCACGAAAUAUCAUUGUAUAUCACUGAGUGAUGUCCACUAUGUCAUACAAAAUGUCCCAUGUGUCUGUUGGGCUUAAAAAUGCAAUACAGCAAUAUUUUUUUAACUUUUAUUUAAAUUCUAUAUUUUUAAACAUUUUUUGUUGUCUUACAGGUGAAGGCCCUUAUCUUACUGUGUAUAGUGUAAAGGACAAACAUAUCAACUCACAGAGGAUUCGUCAAAAUGUGCUCCACAGCUAUACGAUCCAUGGAAUUAAAUUGUGUGACUCUGCUUCUUCAAAAGCCAGCGAUGUCCUGCUAUGUGUGUUUGGAAGCAAGGGGCUAAUUGUUUUGCAGUUGAACAUUAUGGAUCAAGGUUUGAACUUGUUGAAACUCUGUGAUAUCCGAGAACUUAAUGAUUGGAUUUGGGACGUUCAAUGGCUUGGUGAUGAUUUGCAACCUACCUGCUACCUUGGUCUCGCAAUGGGUCACAACUCUGUGAUUCUUUACGAUUAUCUUAAUGGGGAGAUUCUGAAAGAAGUCCACUGCUCAGAAAAAUGCAUUCUAUAUUCUGCUCAUUUUUGUGGUGUCCAAUGGGAGGACCUUAUUAUGGUGUCAGGGACUGUUUUUAACCAAUUGGUCGUUUGGUGUCCUUCUGAUCAAACAAACGUAGAUGGAAGAGUAGAACCCCGAAGGAGGAUCAGCGGUCAUAAUGGUGUAAUUUUUAGCAUUUUCUAUAACAAAGGAAAAGGUAUAUUGGUUUCGGCUUCUGAUGACCGCAGCCUCCGGGUUUGGGAUGUCGGUGACCUCUCAGCCUCCACCUUUAAUGUCCAAUGUCUACAUGUGUUAUACGGUCAUCAGGCCCGCGUUUGGUCAGUCAGACUACUCUCUGAUUACAUCAUUAGCAUCGGAGAAGACUCUGCAUGCAUUGUGUGGGACUAUGCUGGAGGUUUAAUUCAUAAUUUUAAAGGCCAUAAGGGUCGAGGUAUCAGAGCUGUUGCCGUUAAAGAAGAACCUGGCUGGAUAGCUACUGGUGGUGCCGACGCUGCUAUCAGAAUCUGGCAAAUCAAAGGGAAAUCUUUUCUACCAAAUGGUCUCCAAGCAUUAGAGUUUAGCUCCUCAUUUUGCAAUGGUUCCCCAAAGGCAAUAAAAAUGUUGGAUACAAAUUUUCUAGUUGUAAUGACUGAUCAGGGUUCUAUAUAUACUUACAAUUAUAUCUCCAAACAAUGGAACUUCAUUUUAGAGGAUAACUCAUAUGCAUCCUAUAGUCUCCUGGAUAUCUAUAAGUCAAAAAAUUGUGUCCUGUGUGCUAUUGGUAACAUAACAGGUAAUAUUAAGAUCUUCCCUAUCUCUUCUGCUUUAAGUGGCAAGGACCUCAAGCUUCAUCAGGGUAAAGUCCAUAGCCUGACUUGGGCUUCAUCUCCAUGUCAGAGUUCAGACACAUGUAGUCUUUUUUCAUCUGGAUCCAAUGGUGUAAUGGUUUGGAUUGAAGUAAUAUGCCUACCUGGGCAUGUUCUGUCUGUGACAGAGAAACUUUCUUUUGCUUUACCCACCUGCAAGCAGAGAUGGCAUACUUGCAUAGCUUUUUUGCCACAAAAAGACUUUAUUGUGGUUGGAGAUCGAAGAGGGUCACUGAUGCUUUUUCCUAUUAAUUGUCCCCCAGUGCAAAAUAAUGAAAAUGGAAUCAGAAGGUCCACUGCCCCAGUGAGCGAAACACAAAAUGAUCCAAGUUUUGAUUCUGUCACUGCAGAAGAAAAUCACACUGCAUCUGUGGGCAAUGUAAAACAAUACACAAGUGGCCCAGUUUCAACUCUGUUUGGCAUUCAUGGCAAGUUAGGAGUUACAUCUGUCAUGUGCCACGAUGGGUUUGUUUACACCACUGGACGAGAUGGACUUUAUCGUCAGCUGAUGGUAACAGAAGGACAACUAGUCAUGUUACGCAAGCUGAAGGCAUGUAAGGGGAUGGAGUGGAUAGAGUCCAUUUCUUUUACAUCAGAGGGUAACUUGUACAUUUUGGGCUUUCAAUCUACUGACUUUGUAGUUUGGAGUAUGAGGACCAAUGAAAAGAUUCACUGUGUUCCCUGUGGCGGAGGACACCGAUCGUGGAGCUAUAGGGAAGAUGAAAACCAAGCUGUGUUUGCUUACAUCAAGUCUGGGGACAUCUUUGUCUACCAAAGUCAAAAAACAGAAAAAAUACACAGUGUAUUAAAGGAGCCUAUGCAUGGCAGAGAACUCACAUGUGUCCGCUAUGUAGGAACGAUUAUGGCUCUGCACACUGAAUCUCUUCAUAUUCUCAUAACGAGUAGUGAGGACACCACUGUUAACAUAUUUUCCUUCAGCGAAGUCACAAAAGAGGUACACCAACUUGCCACCCUCAACGAUCACUUGUCCAGUGUACGGACCAUGGCUUUAGCAAACACCAAGCAAAUUCAGGGUGGAGUCUGCAGCCUUUCCACUCUACUUUUUACUGCAGGCGGGAGAGCACAAAUUGAGUGCUAUAGAGUACAGGUGAUGUGGAAGAAAGAUGAAACAAGACUUUCAUGUCAAGUGUUCCACUUAGCCUCUCACAGAUUGGAUAAACACUGGGAGAGAAUGAAGAACAAACACAAAAGUGUGAAGAUGGACCCUGAAACAAGGUAGAUGUGAAUCUGCAUAUUCAGAGUUGCUUCGAGCACACUGGUCUUUUUAAUGAAUAGCAGUAAAUUCAGUCACUGGCCCUGUAAAAACUGAAAAUAAUUUUACAGGAUUCAUUAGUACAGGGCCAAGUGCAGCAGUGAUGAACUACAACUUCCAUUACACUGUAUCUGCAUUGUGGGAGCUGUAGUGGAAUUCUUUUAUCUGCCCACAGCUGUCUAUGUUCAGUGCAGUAGGUCUUUUUGUGUGUGUGUGUGUGUGUGUGUGUGUGUGUGUGUAUGUGUGUAAAAUAAUUUAGGAAUUAUUUUUCACUUUUUUACUGUUGCAGCAUUGGGCUAAAUUGUUUUGUGAAUAAUAUCCAAUAUUGACAAAGCAAAAAACAGGUUUCUGGCACCCUUGCAAAUAUAUUAAAGCGGCACUGUCAUGCCGAACUUACCUUUCCUCAAUCUCUUCCUCUUCUCCCCCUCUCUCAGGAUCUGUUCUUCUUUUCUUCCUGUCUUCUUUAGUUUUCUUUAAAAUCAUUAGACAAAGUAGGGACUCUUUGCCUUAUGGAGGAUUCCUCCGCUUGACCAGCUCUGACCAGCGGAGGAGCAAAGUGUACUUCAUUUCCGCUGGUCAGAGCAAUUUUCCCAUGAUCCUUACCUUUCCUCUGUGUUCCCGCGAUGCUUCCUGUCAUUUUAGACGAAACUGACGAAUUGCGUUCUAACUGAAUGAGAACAGUAUGUUCGUUUCUUUUAGAAGGCAAUUCGGCAUUUUAUUCGGAUCGGAAUUUCAUUCGAAUGAAUGAAACUCCGAUCCUAUUCUUGCUGUGGCUGCAUCUUGCAGCCGCUUAGUAGAUAACUCCCUAAUUCGCACGGUAUCAUGGAGUUAUCUACUAAAAGGCUGAAAGACCUAAAUUGGUCUUUCAGCCACAUUUACUAAUACUAAGUAAAGAUUACUUAGUAUUAUUAAAUGCUGCCCCUACUCGCUAUACCGUGAGUAGGGGCAUGUCGGGUAAACGAUGAGCAGCCUGUGGGGCCAUAAAGAUAAUGAGGAGGGGGACCUACUGCCCUCCCGCCCCCACCCCUGGGCGGCGGGUGGGGGUCAAAUGAUAAUGAGGGGGGACCUACUGUCCUCCCACCUCCCUCCCCCCCCCUGGGCAGCAGGUGGGGGCCAAAUGAUAAUGAGGGGGGGACCUACUGUCCUCCCCCACCCCUGGACGGCAGGUGGGGGCCCUAAAUCCAUUCUCCCCUCCCCCCCACAAAGUGACUAGGGGUCCCCAAGCCCCUAGUCACCCACCCAAAUAAAAAGUCCCUACCUACCCCCCUCACCCUAAAAAAUAGUGAGGGGGGAAUAAAAUAACUAACCUGUAAAUAAAAUUAAACUUACCAUUCGACAUCUUCUUUUUUCUCAAAUCUUCAUUUUUCAGCCCCAAAAAAGGGCAAAUAAAAAACCAUCAUAAUCGUUGAACUUAAAAAAAAAAAACCUAAGCGCAAAAAAAUAAUCCAUCUUCACCCAUGGAGGGCUCCGCGCAGACUGAGCCCCGCAGGGCGGGGGAAGGCUUAUAAAGCCUUGCCCCACCCUGCAAUUAGGCUAAGAACACUCUGGUGGGUUUAAGCCAAUCAGAGUGCUCUUUGUCAUUUUACACAGCGUGGGAAAAUUCAAAAUAAUUUUCCCACUGUGUAAAAUGACACAGAGCACUGUGAUUGGAUGGCUUGAAAUCCAUCCAAUCACAGUGCUCUGUGUCAUUUUACACAGCGUGGGAAAAUUCCAAAGAACUUUCCCACGCUGUGUAAAAUUACACAGAGCAUUGUGAUUGGAUGGAUUUCAAGCCAUCCAAUCACAGUGCUCUGUGUCAUUUUACACAGUGGGGGGUUUAUGAAGUGGUGGGGAGCACUGCUCCCUGCCACUUCUAUCUUUACAUAUUACAAGGAGGGAGCUGCGUGCCGGUAGCUCCCUCCUUGUAAUAAACUGAACGAACAAACACUGAUAACUCAGUGUUUGUUUGUUUGUCUGACAUUUCUAUUCACUCAUUCGUCUGUCUGAUGAAUGAAUGAAUGAAUAGAUGAAAUUCCCGUUCACAUGUCCAGGUGUUUCACUGGGCAUGUGCGGGAAUCUCUAGUGUGGGCUGAUGACGUGUCCCACAGGGACUUCAUCUACCCACACAAAGAUGGCUGCGCCCUGAAUAAAGUUCGGGGCAGAAAAUAAGGAAUAAAAAUAGGUAAUGUGGGGGGCUUAGGGGCAUUUGAGGGUGACUAGGGUGUCAGUUAGGGAUAGUAGAGGCCGGAGGGGGGUUAAAAAAAAAAAAAAAAACAGGAUUCGGCAUGACAGUGCUGCUUUAAGCAGAGAAAAACCUGGAAUAUCAUAUGGACAUGAAUACUCAGACCCUUAGCAGCGGUUGACCCUCAAAACGUAGAAACAUCUCAACGAUGAUACAGAGAAAUUGGAUGUAUCUGAGCAAGUGUCAUAACAAAGGGUCUAGAUGCUUAUGUCAAUGUGAGUGUUCAGGUUUUUCUGUGCAAUAAAAAUCCAAUUUUAUUUGCUUAGUUAGUAUGGGGUAUUGAACUUUUAUUAAUGUGAAUAAAUAUAAGGAGGCUGCAAUAUAAAUAUAUAAAAAAGGUUAAGGGGUCUUUUUUUAUAUUGCUGGAGCGUAUACCAUAAGCAGUGCUUCGUAGGAACAACAAUUAACAGUUAAGUGUUAGGAAUACAAUUCAUAAUGCUCUAGUGUCCCUGUCACUAGAUAUAUUCAGAUCACCUAGCCGUUUGCAAUAAAAAUGAAGAAAAUUUUAAGUUUUACUUACCUUUUUCAAGUGCUGAUGCCUCCUGCAACUUACCUCUCUGCCUGUCACAAUAUCAUAGAGGUACAUUGGGGACCAAAUACAAAUGUGCGAUUAAUGCCAUGCAUGCAUCAAUGCUUGCCCAUACAAAUACAUUUAAAGGGACACUCUAGGCACCCAGAGCACUACAGCUAAUUGAAGUGGUCUGUGUGCUGUGUCCCUUUUUACACUUAUUUCCAGAGAAUUGCAAUGUUUACAUUGCAGCUCUAAGUCUGCCCUCUGUGGCUGUCUAACACACAGCCACUACAGGGCUUCCUGAAUCCAAACCGACCUUUGGUCAGUUAUCUGAUGCUGGACGUCCUCCCAGACCUCCAGCGUCAGAUUUUCCCCAUAGGAAAGCAUUGAACAAUGCUUUCCUAUGGGAAGGUCUAAUGCGUGCGGCCAUUGCCGCGCAUGUGCAUUAGGUCUCCCCCGUCGGCAGGGGAGGAGUGUGGGCGGAUCCUGACCUUGGCGCUGGAUUCAGGUAAGUGGCUGAAGGGGUUUUAAUCCCUUCAGCGACAUGGGAUGGGAGCCCAAAGGAAGGGGGGGACCUAUUAAACCUAUAGUGCCAGGAAAACUAGUUUGUUUUCCUGGCACUAUAGGAUAACUUUAAUCAAUGCUUUACUAUGAGGGUUACUGCAUCACAUGAACAGGUUAUACUCACAGAAGUGCCUCUAGUAGCUGUUAGUAUGACAGAAACUGCAUUGUUUUACAUUCCAGGGCUAAAAUAAUAGGGACAUUUCAUUUCAUUGAGAUGGCGUGGGCUGGGUGACUUUAGUGUUAAUUUAAUUCUUUAUUUAGCCAACACUGUGCACACAUUGACUACAAUGCACACAAUACAUUAUGGAUAGAAAGCAUCCAAGAUAAUACACUUGCGGUGUUUGUGAGCAUCCCAUUGUAGGUUUUUCAAUGAUUACAGCUCAAACAAGGGCAAUAGGCACACGGUAGUACAACCGUAAUUUUGGAGCAAAAAGGAAAACAUUAUGAAUUGGACAUUAAUGGAAUAAAAUCCAGUAUAACGGACUGUUUUUCAUGUUUUGAAGAAUCUAUUCCAUCAGUGAUGUAUUUUGUACACCCUCACUUUUUACGCCUAUGGUUUUUCACUUUUUCUUUUCAGGUACAUGUCGAUUGUUCCGGUUACAGAAAGUCAAGACAAGCAGAGGCAGAGGUCGGGCAAUCUGUAUGUGUUUCUGGCGGCGGCCUGCAGUGAUGGAUCAGUCAGGUAUGUACAUAGGCCAAAGGCUUUACAGGGCCUUAAAUAACAAGGGGAAUUUCCUAAUUAGUUAGCAUUUUUUCUCCUAACAACCUUAUUUAGGUUUUUCCUGAUGUGUGAAGGUUCCAAGCGCCUCGUCCUAGCUGCGCAAUCUUUUUAUCACCAGCGCUGCGUGUUGAAAGUCGACACUUUAAUCUACCAAUCAAACGACAAGCAGAGGUGAGAUUCUGUACUAUGCAUUCAUCAUGCAGUAGUAGUAAUAAGUGUAAAUAAAUAGAAUAAUGCAUGCCUAUAUGAUUGUAGGAUUCUAUAUUAUACAUAUGUAAUAUAUCUAUUUGUUAACUUUUAAUAAUGCAAAGAUAAAAAGAGAGUAAAUGUAAUCGAAAAAGAAAGUAGAAAGGAGUGCUGUGUGACCCAGUGGUGGGUAGUACUAGAUAUGUGUUACUGCCAGAUGGUCCAGAGAUUCAGUUGGCUGAACGUGCAAUGUAUCUCCAAAUCUACACAGAAACACAUAGCGAAAAAGCAGUAGGUAAAAAAUCAGCUGCUAUUGAGAACAUGUCAACAUCUUAGUGACAUGUAAAAAAAAAAAAAAAUAUAAUGGUAAAAAAAUAAAUGUAAAUAUAUACAACCAAAUUCAUAAGAACAUAGUAUACAGAGGGCCUGUUCUGAAGUUUUCAGGCUGCCUCUGUGAUGUCUAUUGCAACAAAACACAGUUGCAAUUGUAGACACAGUAUAAAUAGCUGUUGAUGUGUACUCCUUAAGGCACAGUGUGACCAGCUAUUGGGUAAUUAACUAGUUAACAAAACGGUGAUACAGAUAUCGCUGGUGCCCCACAGAUACAUGAGUUUUGAUGUGUACUCCUUAGGGCACAGUGUAACCAGCUAUUGGGUAAUUAGCUAGUUAACAAAACGGUGAUACAAAUAUCACUAGUGCCCCACAGAUAAAUGAGUUAGAAUAAAUAAACGUGAAAAUCUGUUCCUAGAACCCUCAGAUACCCCAGGGUAGGUAUUAAUAGCUUUUAUCCACUGCGUGGUCAAGUAAUACAUGUUUCAGUCUAGAACUAGGUACUCUGGUAUCCUUCUAUAUUUCCUUGACAUGGGAAUCUUCGAUACCAUCUUAGAUCUAUACGUAGAUAGCAAUCAGUUCCUUAUGUCUUUCUUUAGACUUCGAGCAUAGUUCAUUCCUUUUGGAACUUUCUUGUACCCCCAUUGGAAAUUAAUUAUUAUUGUUUAAAAAUUUUGGUCAUCUAGAUACCUCUCAGUAUAUUUAACACUCUCUAUACUGGAUUUUUUCUGUUAUUCAUUCCCUCUCUGUCGCUAUUUAAUCCUUUGUAUACUCCACAGGGUUAAUAAUAAGAUGCAUCUCAGGCUUUAGCGACUCAAUCAUUGUAUGUUCCCUAAUCGUAAUGGACCUCACUGCUGACCGGGUCUCCGUGUGGACCCGCCGAGCAGCCUUUCUGUCCCUUCAGAACUACUAUUGAAUAAGUCUUGAUUCUAAGCGGCUCCUAUUACCGGUAAUGACAGCAGUAGUGAUUCUUUCCUCUGCAAUACCAUUACAAUUUGUACUUACGUUUUCGGCUUUUUAAUAUGCCGACGCUCAUUUUCACCUCAUUUUUAUUUUAGCAUUUUUGUAACAUAACGGAGGUUGCAUUAUGCUUCUCCCCUUCUCCCCCCCCCCCUUGCAAUAUUAUACUGUCCACUAAGGACAGUGGGGAUAAUGAUAAUGAUUGUAUAUGGCAUAUAUAUCACCACUUAAGCAACUCUUUAAUUCCAACUGGGUGCAAAUCUUUACCAAUGCCAGUACGAAUUAAUCUAUCUCCCGGCCCCUCUCUGGAAACUAACUCUUUCUCCCGUGCAGAACGCAGUUUUGACAGCAUCAGCUCUAUCCACUUCUUCCUUAGGAUCACUCACGACUUUUAUUCCACAUUCAUUAACAUUAUAAUAUUCUGUACAUGCUGAUCGGCUAUGGUUUAUGCCGACCUACAUGUCUAAUGUGGGUAUCUUCACCCUAAAGGGUUAACUAUGGCUGUUUCUCUAUUGGCCAUACUCACCUUCUAAUGAACAUGAUAGGCUCAUCGAAACCAGCGGUCUUUUUUGAACCCUCCAAUCAGCUCUAUUCUUCACCUGUAAAUAAGCUGACACUCACCACACAUCGGCUCCCCUCUGAUGAGGUGUGGCGAAACGCGCGCGUCAGGGGACUCGGAGGAUUCACUGCUAUAGCACAGAGUGCGGCAUUGUGAUCAUUUGCACCGCACUUUCCACAUGAAUCCCGAGCGUUUUUUCUGUUUCUACCUCAGCAGUUAUCUUUUUUCCUCUCCUUCCCAAGGGGUUUAUCUAACGAAAUAUGGCUUUCACCGUUUAUGGUAUCAGAUACCUAUGAUCGGAUACUAGCAGCCAUACCUACCCUGGGGUAUCUGAGGGUUCUAGGAACAGAUUUUCACGUUUAUUUAUUCUAACUCAUUUAUCUGUGGGGCACCAGUGAUAUUUGUAUCACCGUUUUGUUAACUAGUUAAUUACCCAAUAGCUGGUUACACUGUGCCCUAAGGAGUACACAUCAAAACUCAUGUAUCUGUGGGGCACCAGCGAUAUCUGUAUCACCGUUUUGUUAACUAGUUAAUUACUCAAUAGCUGGUCACACUGUGCCUUAAGGAGUACACACCAACAGCUAUUUAUACUGUGUCUACAAUUGCAACUGUGUUUUGUUGCAAUAGACAUCACAGAGGCAGCCUGAAAACUUCAGAACAGGCCCUCUGUAUACUAUGUUCUUAUAUGUUCUUUUUUUUUUUCAUGUCACUAAGAUGUUGACAUGUUCUCAAUAGCAGCUGAUUUUUUACCUACUGCUUUUUCGCUAUGUGUUUCUGUGUAGAUUUGGAGAUACAUUGCACGCUCAGCCAACUGAAUCUCUGGACCAUCUGGCAGUAACACAUAUUUAGUACUACCCACCACUGGGUCACAGAGCACUCCUUUCUACUUUCUUUUUCGAUUACAUUUACUCUCUUUUUAUCUUUGCAUUAUUAAAAGUUAACUUUUAUAUGUAUCCGGGGCACUCAGCCUGUCCUCCCCUUUUUUGUUACUACUCUGGUAGUUUAUUGUGGGUUACCCCCACGUAUUUGAGUGCUUCCCUAAGCUUCCGUUUUCCUUUCUUCUCUUUUAUAUCUAUUUGUUGAAUUAAAUUUUUGUAUGUUUUGGUUUGUUUUCAUAUAUUUAAAAUAAAUAAAAGAAAACCUUAAAGGAAUACUUUCAGCAAAUAUUUUCUUUACUAAUUGGCUUUUUAAAUAAAUAAAAAUAAUGUGACUUGUGCAGUAUCAAGGCAUGUGAGGAUUUCUGUGUGUUCCACAAUUGUGAUUGUCUGUCAUUGUUUGUGUGAACUGUAUCAACGUAUAUCUGAGCUUCUGUGUGUGCACUGUCAGUGGAAUUGUAUGUGUUUCUGUGUGUAUACAAUGUCUGUUUGUGUGUUCGUUGCUGUUCUUGUGUGCCUGUGCAUUGUCAUGUAUGCGUGUAUGUUGGUGUCCCAUAGUGCAUAACAUCUUGCCCACCAGAUGUUUGUAAAUUGCAUUUGGCAUGAAGCCCAAUAAGACUUAUUUAUAAGUAUAGUAUAUUAUUUCAAAGUUUAUAAUCCUUGCAUGUGCCGUUCGUUGUUUCCUGCUUGUCAGUUGGUUUGAGAGUUCUCUGAACUUCACAGCUAUUGCUGGAAGUGUGGUGGCGCCCUCUCUCUAAGGCCAGCCCUGUCAUAAUAGCUAUGUUAUUUGGGUGCACUUUUACAACUGAGAUUAAAAAUAAAGAAAAAAAGAAUGUUAACAUUAGGUGUUUCUUUAAGCUGCUGGAAAAUGUAAAAAAACAAAGUACAUUAUGUUUCUGUGGAUUAAUGUAAAUUUGACCAGUCUGCAGGGGAAGUAAAUGCCAAGAGAGUUCUUCCCCCUUGCUUCCGAGUACAGGUAGUGAUAUUUCAACUUAAUUCUCUUUCUGUAUGUAAACUUAUACAAACAUGUUUUUUAUUUAUAAAGUAAUUCUUUAACAUUUUGUUGGCUUUUUGCCAUUGAGCUUUGCAUGUCUGUAGACGUGAUGUUUCAAAUUUUACUAACCUGUUCAAAUCAAUACAAUAUUUUUUUUUUUUUUUGUCUAGAAUUUUGCUUUCCAGCGCUGCUACUGAUGGACAAAUUGCUUUCUGGGAUAUCAAUCGCACAAUGGAGCAAGCUCACACAGUGCUUGAAGACACGGAUUGUCUUCCUCUUGGUAAGACUGCAUCUCCAUUUAAAUAAGAUUCUUUUAGUGGGGAACAUAUGUUAACUUAGCAAAUAUCUAAUGUGUCUGGAGUAGGAAUAUUUAUUGACAUUUUUUAUUAAAACCUCUCUACUAAAAAUAAAAUAAUCACAUUAUACAAAUAAAACCGCACGACUGGAAAAAACCAAGAGUACACGUUAGCGUUCAUUGAGAAAAGCAUUUAUCGAGAAAACAUUUAGACUGAAUACGUUGUCACAAAUUUGUUCAAUUAUAUAAAAAACCUGUAAGCGUUCACACACCUUAUACGUUAGGUGUUAGAAGAGUCCUUUACAAAAAGGGCUGUAAGUUAGGUUAGAUAAAGCAUAUUUGUUCCUACAGAUACUCAACAUACUGUGAUAGGCAAAAGGAUCAGCGCUAAUAUACCUAACUAAAAGAUAUAUAUAUAAAAAUGACAGUAGGCGACACACCUUAAAACAUAAGGCUCCCUCUAAGCCUUAUAAACAACAGAGAUGAGUCAAACAGGGGGGAUAAAGGUUGCGCAAGAAAUUAUAAAAACAGACAUGUUAUAUUCCUGAACCCCUGAACUGAUCUGGGUGAUUUCUGGAUAUCAUUGUCACCAAGAUCAGGAAGGUUUUAUGUAUAUUUAAGGUGCUUUUGGGGUGUUUUGGAAAUGUGUGUUUUUUAUGCUGCUCAAUGUGUAGGCGUAAGUGGUAUAAUUGUAAACCGUUGGAUUCUUUUGGAGUAAUCCUCACUGGAACUUAAAAUCGGAUGCCAGGUAGAAAAUAAUUAAAAAGUAAAAUGGCACACUCACAGUGGAAAGAGGCCAAAAUACCUUAAAGUGUAUUUUGUGUAUUGUGAGUGUGCCAUUUUACUUUUUUAUUAUUUUCUACCUGGCAUCCGAUUUUUUUUCCAGUGAGGACUACUCCAAAAGAAUCCACGGUGGGGAUUAUACCACUUACGCCUACACAUUGAGCAGUUAGUCUGCCCAAUUAAAUGUGAGUACCUAUUCAUUAUUCUAUACUACUGGUACAUUUUAUACUUUGAGCACUAUUGCUGUCUCUCUCAUAUUUUUUAUGAUCUUCAUAUCGAUGAUACAUCUACCUACUUACCUACACCAUCCUACGUAUGCUAUAAGUGGGGAUUUUACCACUGUACGCCAUUCAGACUAGAGCUAGGUUAAGCUCUAUCAAUUGUAAGUAGGACCAUAGACAUUUUAUUUACUUUUAUGUUAUUCUGGGAUUUUCUGCACCAUUAGUUCUCUCUUUCUGUUGCAUAUGUGGCUGCCAAGAAUACUCUGAUCUGACCCCAUUCCAGAGGAACUACCCUGACUCUUUGAGGUUUUAUCUUCCAGCAAGUUUUACCAUUUGGAUUCACACUUGGACUUAUAUUUGAACUUUCUUUUGCUUUUUAUUUGUGUGUGUGUGUAUGUAUAUAUGUAUAUAUAAUGAACGCUUGGCACUCUCCUUAUAAUAGAUAUAAAAGUAUCUUGCCUGGGUGCUGUAUCCUUGGCGCCAAAUAUAUAAGCAAAUACAAAAACGGGAUGCACUCACAGGUCUUCAUCAAAGUGAAAAAAAUGGUGUUUUAUUAAUCCAUUAGGUGUAUACAAAAAUCGAUUGACGUUUCGACCCUGACGGGUCUUUUUCAAGAUCAUUGAAUACAAAUCAUAAAUGUGCUUAUAUACAAAAUGUAAAGGGUAACACUUACCAAACAGUGGAGUGGAGUGUGUCUGCCCGUUACAACCCGGAAGUGAAUGGAAGCACGGCGCACAGCGGAAUGAUGUGGUUACCAUAGUGACAGUAAACAAAAUACCGAUUGGGUACAAGAAGAACGCUUUGGAGGAGAACUGUCAAUAUGCUAUACUUAAGGGAAAUAGUGGCAGUUAAUGCCAAAGUAUGAGUAGACCAAGGAACCAGUGAAUAAAAAGUGCAGACCAUAUAAAGUGAAAUCAUGCAACUCAAGUGUAGUGACUAAAACCUGUGAAGACUACUCAAAAAGUGCAUAAUGCCUAAUAGAAAAAAUAGUGUUAAAAACAUUACAAGGUCGCACAAAAUUAAUGCAAACUACUAGUUAUAAUAACAAUCAUCAAUUUACAGAAAAAAUUCAUCUUAGACAAGAUGUAGUACUAAUAUGGAUCGCUGAAUGCUGAUCACGACAAUUAGAAAAUAGAAUAAAUAAUAUAUAUUAAGCAAAUAACAUAUAUUAAACAAAGACAUUGAGAAAAUUCUCCAUAGUGAAAAAAAGGGCAACAUGAGGGCUGAAACAACUAAUAUAUAUAUUAAAGGCACAGCCACAUAUUAAUAAUAUAUGCAGAUAACCUCAGACUAUAGGGCAAAAUAGUAUAAUGCGCUUUAAAUAAUGCCUGAUCAUAUUGUAAAUGGCUAAAUGCUAUUCCCAACAAUAGAACAGCCAUUUACAAUAUGAUCAGGCCUUAUUUAAAGCUCAUUAUACUAUUUUGCCCUAUAGUCUGAGGGUAUCUGCAUAUAUUAUUAAUAUGUGGCUGUGCCUUUAAUAUAUAUGUUAGUUGUUUCAGCCCUCAUGUUGCCCUUUUUUUCACUAUGGAGAAUUUUCUCAUUAUUGAGGAUUUUUGCACUUUAGCAUUGAACACAUAUUGGAUAUACGCAGUAAUCAUACGCUAUAGUUGGCAGGUUGUCUUUUUUGUGGCAAUAUAGGUCUGUCAGUCACACAAUGUCUUUGUUUAAUAUGUUAUUUGCUUAAUAUAUAUUAUUUAUUCUAUUAUCUAAUUGUCGUGAUCCGCAUUCAGUGAUCCAUAUUAGUACUACGUCUUGUCUAAGAUGAAUUUUUUUCUGUAAAUUGAUGAUUGUUAUUAUAACUAGUAGUUUGUAUUAAUUUUGUGCGACCUUGUAAUGUUUUUAACACUAUUUUUUCUAUUAGGCAUUAUGCACUUUUUGAGUAGUCUACACAUGUUUUAGUCACUACACUUGAGUUGCAUGAUUUCACUUUAUAUGGGCUGCACUUUUUAUUCACUGGUUCCUUGAUCUACUCAUACUUUGGCAUUAACUGCCACUAUUUCCCUUAAGUAUAGCAUAUUGACAGUUCUCCUCCAAAGCGUUCUUCUUGUACCCGAUCGGUACUUUGUUUACUGUCACUAUGGUAACCACAUCAUUCCGCUGUGCUCCGUGCCGUGCUUCCAUUCACUUCCGGGUUGUAACGGGCAGACACACUCCACUCCACUGUUUGGUAAGUGUUACCCUUUACAUUUUGUAUGUAAGCACAUUUAUGAUUUUGUAUUCAAUGAUCUUGAAAAAGACCCGUCAGGGUCGAAACGUCGAUCGAUAUUUGUGUACACCGAAUGGAUUAAUAAAACACAAUUUUUUUUUCACUUUGAUGAAGACCUGUAAGUGCAUCCCGUUUUUUGUAUUUGUGUGUGUGUGUGUGUAUGUAUAUGUAUAUAUAUAUAUAUAUAUAUAUAUAUAUAUUUUGUAUAUGUUAUAACACUGUUAUCUGUUUUUAUAAUUUCUUGCGCAACCUUUAUCCUCCUGUUUGACUCAACAUACUGUGUUAGUCAGAUGACUGUUAUAACAACACAUAACUGUUUAAUCAGUUAGUUGUCAGUUGUAUACAGAGACACGGAUACUCUUUGUAGUGGAAAAUUGGGAGGGAGGGAAUUGGAUACUUAGAAAAGUAAAUGGUACACAGUUACUUAAUCAAUAGUGUAUAGAAAUAAUCUUCAAUAAGUUAAAACUAAGACUAUUUUGUUACUGUAAAAUCCAAUUAUCCAGAGUGGUCCUAUGUCAUAGAAUCUCAUAAAUCAAUGUCUUGGCUGAGUAAUGAAUGAAGCUAGGCAAUUGUAGUUACCCUAGUUACAAUGCAAAUUUAGAUUUGUGUUUUGGAUUAAACAGACAUUAUACACUAGUUCCAUUAAAUAUAGCAUAGGUCGAUUCAGUGCACAGGGUGUUAGAAUUGUACACCAGAUUUCAAUUAGUCCUCUUCGCUAAAUCUGUUUUGUAAUAGUUUUAUGAAGCAUCCACAUACAUGGUAUCUUUAGAGUUAUAUGUUUAUUGAUUCUGCUGUAUCUAUUCAUCAAACCUAUCCUUUCUGCCGCUCUUUGGAUUUGUCUGUCCAGCCUAUCUGGUUAGACCUAUCUCUGUAUCAUUGAUGAUGCUGGCCGUCGAGGUGUUAAAAAGUCGGUGCCACAGUGUAUUACCGAGAAGGUAAAACCAGGCUCGCUAAGUGGGUAAUGCACUAUUCAUCACGCUCAUUAUAGAUUUAUUAAGAGUUGAGUGAUUUCCCCCUGUACUAGAUCAAUAGGUAGAACAUGAUAUCACUGUCAGAUAUCACUGGCCAUAUGGUGGAUUGUAAAGCUGGAUGUUCAGGUAAUAAGACAAAUGGCAGGAUGCCUGCUUCCUGUAAAACACUUUUAUUAAUAACAUGGAAUGAAUCUUGAAUGGUUCACCAAAGCUCAGUACUACAUCACAGUAUCUACCUGUGUGACUCUUUUUUUUCAUUGUAUAUUUGCCCCCUAUGUAUGGUGUACUUUAGGGGCUGUAAAGUUUAUCUCUAAAAUAAAUACAUUUUAUAUAUUAUUAAAUAUAAAAAGAUCUUAAUAUAAAUAUAUAUUAUACUAUAUAUAUAUAUAUAUGUAUAUAUAUAUAUAUAUGUGAUCCUGAUGAAAGUCCACACGAGGGACUGAAACGUUGAUCUGCUCUUAAUAUUACAAAUAAAAGAAUUUGUGAGUGCAGCCAACCAUUACUACUAUUUGGAUACUGGAGCCUCGGUGAUGCACCCGGUCAUAUAACUGAAGCCUGAGUACAAGGUACAUUUGGUGUGUGUGUGUGUGUGUGUGUGUGUGUAUGUGUGUAUAUAUAUAUAGUCUCUUCCUUUUGUUGUUCACUUAUUCAUUCGAAUGAGAAUUGCAAAGUGAAUUUAAAAUUAGACUGCAAAAUAGCAGAAGUGAAAAACAUUUUUAAGUCGGCUAUCUUUUUAAUUCGGCUACUACAGCCUUAAAUUUGAAAUUCACAUUCAAUUUUCACUUUAGUGAAUAACUCUGUAAGUCUACAACUGCUCAUAGUUCUGAGGGAGAAAGUGAGUGUGUUGUAUUAUUCAUCAAGUCAGAUUGUAGCUGUGAGUGACGAGGCCUCAAGGAAGGUCCUAAAUGCAGAGGUGAACUCCUUCCUGUACAGCGAGGCCUGCACUUCUACAGAUAUAGAUGCACAAUGUCUCUGUACAUUGUGUGUAUCUCUGCAUGAGUCUGUCUACAUGUAUCCCACUGUUUGUGCAUAUGGAUCUUUGUCUGUAUGUUUGCUUGUGCAUUAAUGUAUCUGUGAAAGUCUGAGUAUUGCUAUGUGUUUUUAUCUGUUACAGUGUGUAUGCAUGUCUCUGUGAGUGAGUGUAUCUGUGUGUUACAGUAUGUAUGCAUGUCUCUGUGAGUGCGUGUAUCUGUAUGUUACAGUGUGUAUGCAUGUCUCUGUGAGUGAGUGUAUCUGUAUGUUAGUGUGUAUGCAUGUCUCUGUGAGUGAGUGUAUCUGUGUGUUACAGUGUGUAUGCGUGUAUCUGUAUGUUACAGUGUGUAUGCAUGUCUCUGUGAGUGCGUGUAUCUGUAUGUUUAAAUCUGUCAGAGUAUAACUGAUUCUGUGUCUGCACAUAGAUUGUCUGACCAUGUGUAAUCUUCUUAAAGGACAGCAUCCAGAGAUAACAGAAAGUCUAGUCAGGUUUAAAAAGGUUUGGAGUCUAGUGGUAAGAUAAGGUGAGGUCUUCUUCGUGUGGAGUGAGUGAAGGAACCAAUGGUGACUUUGGGGUGCACUAAACAUCGCUUCCACAGACGAGACAGUCUAUAUAUUCUUGCUGUCAGUAUUUAUUUAGCUGUAAAUCCGUGUCCAUAAAGUACAUAUUAACAACAGAAAAUGAGCAUACACUUUUUGCUUCUCUUGUCUACUACACCCAUUUAUUUCUUACUCGUGAGGUUCUUCACAAAGGUCCAAACGUGCUUCUGAAUUAUAAACUUUGCGAAAAAUCCCAAAAUGUUGUCCCUAAAAUUACAUUCCUGGCAAAUCAGAAAUUUACUGUUAAUUGUAACUACAAAAAAAUCCCUAAAAAUGUUAAAAUUUAAUUUAAUGCAUUAAACCCAGUGGUGUAUUUCCCAUGAGGCUAACAAGGCAUUUGCUUUGGGCGGCACUUUUAGGAGGGCGGCGAAAAUCACAGUCCCCCCCAAGUGCCCUGGCAGAUGCCCUGUUAGCCUUUUUCAUGGAGGGCUCAAGAGCGGGCCGGCUGGCCACCUUGGGGCUCCCCGAGGCUUUCAGAUGCUCACAUUGCAGAUGGGGGGAGGGGAGGGGGAGCACUGUUCUCUGAGCUCCUCUUGCUCAGCUUCCUCGCACCUGCCUGCUUGCAUGCCCUGCCAACCCAGCAACAGCCAGCCAGGCAAGUCCCACUGGACCCCAGGGAAGAAACCACUCCAGCUCUCCCUAAGGUAGGGAGGUUAGGUGGAUUAAAAUACAAAAAAUAAAUAAAUAAAUUUAAAAAAAUAUAUAUAUAUAAAAAAAAAAUAUAUAUAUAUAUAUAUAUAUAUAUAUAUAUAUAUAUAUAUAUAUAUAUAUAUAUAUAUAUAUAUAUUUUGUAUGUGUGUGUUUGUCAGUGUGUGUGUGUGUGUGAAUGAUUGUGUGGGUCUGUCAGUGAAUGUGCGCAUGUCUGUCACUGUGUCUGUGAGUGAAUGUGUCUGUCAGUGUAUGUCUGUGUGUGUGUGUGUGUGUGUGUGUCUGCAAGUAUGUGUCAGUCAGUCAGUGAAUGUAUGUCAUUGUAUGUGUAUCUGAGAGUGUGUGUCUCAGUCAAACUGCAUGUUCAUCUUAAACAGGUAAGGACGGGGCAAAUUUAGAUGGGUGGGGGUUUCGUCAUGCCUAGGGCAGCACAUACCCAAAAUACACCACUGAUUAAACCCCAACAUUUAUCAGAUACUAGAUUGCCUCAUAAACCAGCAUUCAAACUCCUGCAUGAUCUAUCCUGAGAUCCAACACGGCCCAAGUGGCGGAUGGAACAAUUCAAACAAAUUCCUGUAGACAAUACAACCCAGCCGUGUUGUCUGCAUCAAAUAGCUGUUUGGCAAACAGUCCAUUGAUAGUGGCAAAUGGCGACACUGUUGGAUAGUAAGGAAAGACACUCCUGUGUGUUCCUUCUGAAUUGUAGCUGUGAUUCUAUGGAUUUAACAUAUCAAUGCCAUUAUAGGGCUUCUUAAGCAUUGCUGUCUGACAUGUUUAACAAUUCCUACCAGCUUUAAAAUUAAAUUGUAUUUUAUCUUUGCAGAAAUGGAGCCUUUGUCUUUCACUGUCUCUGCUCACCAGUCUGGGAUCAACAGCCUUCAUAUUCUAGAAACUAAACAUGGACAUCACUUGGUGGCUAGUGGUGGAGAUGACAAUUCUCUCCAUGUUUGUCUUUUGACUGUAGAUCAAGUAAAUGAUCCCAACCAAGGAACGAGCAUCCAACUCUUAAAAGAGUUCUCUGUCUCUUCUGCUCAUUCUGCACAUGUUACUGGGCUGAGGAUACUUCAAGAGGAUCUGUUGGCAUCUGUGUCAGUGGACCAACGUCUGACUCUAUGGAGCCUUGAUGGCAAUGGCCUUCGGCACCUAAGCACCAGGUUCUCCCAUGUGGCAGAUGUAUCUGAACUAGACUGCUGGGUUUUAAAAGACAAAGAGGAAUACGUAUGCGUUCUCUGUGGCCAGGGUCUGGAAAUUGUUAAAUGUAUGAGAUGACAAAACCAUGUUAGGUGCGUGUUCUCCAUCUAACCAGAUCUGAGGACUUUCACAUCAAAAGAUUAUCAGAAUCUAAAAUGCAGGUUUUUUUGUUUUUAAUAUUUGUCAAUAAUAAUUAAUCAUUGUUCAAAAAAGGAAAGGUGUGUAUUUAAUUUACAGCCAUCAGUCUACAGAUAUAUUAUUCCCUCCUAACUUAGCCACCCAUGCUGACCUUUCCACCACCACUCUUUUAGUACGGUCACCUGAAAGGGUAUAUCCCAGUACCCAUUCACUACCUGUUGUACUCUUGAUAGGUUUUAUAAUGAAUACAAUUGUGGAAUGACAAGCCUUGCCUGAAUAAUUGAGUAUUUUUUUCCCGCUGACAGGCUGAUGCCUGGGCUUUGCAAGAACUUCAUUCAUUAUUAAAGUCCAAUUUUCUCCUGUGUCCUCCGACUGUUCAGUAGGAGGCCUAACUGAGCUCAACUGAAGCUAAACCGGGACCUUGAACUUCAUAUUCCAUUUAUCAAGAUUGUUCCUGUAGAGGAAAAGUGUGCAAUUGUCCAAAUGAUGCAUUUUCGUGGGAAAGUGAUUUAUUAAAAUGGACCCGGGGAGUAUCAUAAAAGAUGCAGGGAAUCUCUAACAAAAUUCAUGUCUACCAUAAUAAUAAUACCAAGAAUGAAAGGGGAAGCACAGAAAAAGGACGUAAUAUGG